GGAGAGAGGGGAGACGCGUGGCUAGAGAGGAGGCCAGCGUGUGCCUGCCUGCUUUGGAAGUGUUUCCCUGCCUGUUGAGUGCCCUGGGAGGCUUGUGGUGCCCCUGUAAACUUGUAAAGCAGUGUACUUGCGGAGGAUUUGUCGAUAAACCCAGGAAAUAGUGCCCGUGUUUUUCCUUGUGCCCCGGCUGUGCCCCGGCCUCGUGUGUGUGUGUGUGUGUGUGUGUGUUGUCCCGGCGUUUAUAGUGUGACUUAUUUGAGGCCCCCGCUGCUCUAGUUUCUUGACCUGUGCCCGCGUGGAUAACACGCCCGCCCGGAAUGAGGGGUGGGCACAACAGUAUUAUUAGAAACAUGAACCGUCUAACAGCCACGAAAAAGAAAUUAAUUUUUUUCGUAUGGAGAAGCAAAAAUCACGAAUUUGGCUUUCUAAACUAACCUAAUUCACUCACCCUUCUCUCUCUCUCUCUCUCUCUCUCUCUCUCUCUCUCUCUCUCUCUCUCUCUCUCUCUCUCUCUCUCUCUCUCUCUCUCUCUCUCUCUCUCUGUCAAAUGUGCAGGUAUGGCAGUCCAUGGAAGUAAUGUUUGGCAGAGCAAAGGACUGACUUGUGUUCCUUGUUGAUAACAAACAAACAUGAGCAGGCAGGGUGUAGUAAUGUUUUGAUGCUACACUGAUGCAUUGACAAAUAAUAAUCAUAAAUGGUUUAUUAAUAAUCCAGUUAGGACUAAAUUUAUAUUGUACUGAAUAAAAAAUAAAAUGUGAUAAAUAUACGCUUAAAAUUAGGAUCUUAUUAACUAAGGUGGUAUUACAGGAGGAGGAGGAGGAGAAGGUUUUGUAUUGCUGUACAGGAGGAGGAAGAGAUUUUGUGUUGCUGGGAAGGGGAAGAAGAAAUUUUGUGUUGCUGGGAAGGGGAAGAAGAAAUUUUGUGUUGCUGGGAAGGGAAAGAUGAAAUUUUGUGUUGCUGGGAAGAUGAAAUUUUGGUCAGUGAUGGAGAAUCUGGGUCCCUCCUGGCUGGGUCCUGCACCCUGGUGGUAUGAGUUGCCAGCGCUGCAUCUCUGCUUCAGUACUGCCAUGCCAGGCAUUCAAGAGCAAGGGAGUGAGGAGAAAAGCUUAGUCCAGUCUGCUGUCUAUGCAUCAAGCCUGAGCUGGUCUGCUCCCACGAUGCAGCGUGUGGCAGUGUUAGCAGACACGGCUCUUGUCUGCACCUCAUCCUUUUAAAUAUAUGAGGUGGUAUGAGCACUGGGAUAAGAUGAAGAGCGUACGCAGCAAGUUUGUGGAUGUUUUGCGGCUGCACGUGCGGGGUGGAGCGGGGGGCAUGGGUCUGCUGUGCCUCAGGGGAGUGGGUGGCGCAGGGGGUGACGUGUAUGUGGAGGGGAAGGAAGGCCACAGUCUGCUGAAGCUGUGCAAGGCUCGGCCAGACCAGCGGUGGGUUGGGGCAGCUGGCAUGGACAGUCGCAAGUAUCGCAUCUGAGGGGAGGCUGGCGCUGAGCUGACCAUUCCUGUCCCUACCGGCACCACCGUCUGGCUCGAGCAGCACCAGAAAUUGCUGGGUGAGAUAAACUGUGCAGGGGACAAGGUGUUGGUGGCUUGAGGUGGGCAGGGCAGCAACCCCAGCAACCAGUACAAUGGGCAGAAGGGACAGGGACACAUUGUGAAGCUGGAACUGAAGCUGUUGGCCGAUGUGGGUCUGGUGGGCUUCCCUAAUGCUGGCAAGUCCACACUGCUGUGGGCCAUCUCCAGGGCCAGACCCAAGGUGGCCAGCUACCCUUUCACGACGCUGCAGCUGACCCUGGGUGUGGUGGAGUACAGUGACAUGCGGCGGCUGACCAUCGCUGACCUGCCAGGACUCAUUGAGGGUGCCUGGGCCAACGUGGGGAUGGGGCACCGCUUCCUGCGCCACGUGGAGCGGACACACUUCCUCCUCUUUGUGGUGGACAUCAACGGCUUCCGGCUGUCACCCAAACAGCCAUACCGCUCACCCACCGAGAAUGUCAUGCUGGUCAACAGGGAGUUGGAGCUGUAUUCACCUGACCUGCUGAGUAAGCCAGCACUCCUUAUGGUGAAUAAGAUGGACUCUCCCAAUGCUGAGUCUUGCCUGCAGGAACUCCUUCACAACAUUAAGAGGAUGGAGGACUAUGUGUUGUGUUGCUCCUGUGGUGCCAAACUCACAGAGAACUCAUGGGAUAACUUUGUAAACAUCUCCAUUCCACUGUCUGAGGCAUCCCAGCUGGUGACCAUCCUGGGACACCCCCACCUCAUGGUCCAGACCCUCAGGAACCCUGCUGACCUUGCUUUUGACUUGGUGACUGUCAGGAGGUCAGGCUGCUCAGGAGUGGGAGAGGAUAUUUGAACCAGAAACCAAAGCCAGCACAACUCACUUCAAAGCUUCCUUGGAGGGUUUCUAUGGACUCAUUCUAGAGAAACUGGUCACUGAGAAAUUUUCAGACUCCUCAUUGGCCUUCCCAAGCACCAGCAGUUUUAGCACAAUGGCACAAGACGGGUAGGACAUGGUGCCUCUCGACCUCGAGCUUCUGGCUGAGCUGGAGGAGGAAGCAACCUCUCACUAUACUGAGGAGGAUAACCAGUUUACAGAGCACUGCAAGAAGAGCCUGCCUAAGCCGCCAAUACUCCCUGCUGACAGAUUUGACUGCAACAGACAGUGCAGAGGCAACUUUAGGCAUCAAGACUACAGGAAGGAAGGAGGCUGCAGGGAUCAAGGGGAGUACAGAGGUCAUGGGAAUUAUAGGGAUCGUGGGAAUUACAGGGAUCACAGGUGGGAAUAUUCUGACCACAGGCAAGGGAGGUUUGUCAGUGACCACAGAGAUCAUGAUGACAGCAGAAGGGAUAGCGAGAAGAGGAAGUACAGGUCUGAGAAGGAGAAUGAUGAGUAUGGAAGAAGGAAUUACCAGUCCAGCAAAUACUACAAUGGGUGGGGGGGGGGGUGUCAUCCUGUUGAGUUUUGUGAAUCCAGUGGCUGGUAUAUUUAUCUUUCAUCAGGGACUUCACACAAGCUUCCACACCAUUAAUUCUUUGAGCAGUAACCAAAGGUUACUGACAUUUAAUUUACAUUUAAAUGCCUGCCUGCCUGUCUGUUCAUAUCUUUCUCUCACAACGUACUCACCAUUCACUUGUGAACAUUUAGAUUUUUAGGAAAUAUUUUUGAGCAAGUUCCUUCAUCACAAGGCAACCAUCUACUAAAAAGAAAGAAAAAUGGAAUAUAUGUUGGCAUUUCCUUGAUUGCUUUUGGUGUUAGUGACUUUCCAGAGUGACAAUACAAGUGUUAUCCUCACUACAAGUCAUGCACUAUAUAUAACAUCACUGAGUAUCUUUUCUCUCAUUUUCAUAUAAAUGUUUGUAACAUUUUCAUAUAAAUGUAUGCUAACUUUUAUGUGGACUUACUGUAAGAUUUUUUAAAAGUAAAGUAUUUAUCCAA